GGCGGCGGCUGGCCGCGGGGUCCGUCCGCUUCCUCCUGAGCGGAAAGAAAGGGAGGCUCGUACAGUUGAGUUGCGCUUAGGUGUCACCUCUCCUGCUAGGGAAGCGUGCGGCAUGCAGCGGUGUCACCAGGAAGCGCUAAAGAAGAACCGGGUGAUGCUGGCAAAGCAGCUGCUUUUAAGUGAGUUGAUGGAGCAUAUGAUAGAGAAAGACAUCAUCACCGCAGAGAUGGUGGAAAUGAUACAGGCCAAGCCUGGGAGUUUCAGCCAAAAUGUGGAAUUCCUCAACUUGCUGCCCAAGAGAGGUCCUAAUGCAUUCUCAGCAUUCUGUGAAGCUCUACGAGAAACCAAACAGCAGCAUCUGGAGGCGAUAAUCUUGAAGACAACAUCCAGUCUGAGCCAAGGGAUUGCAAGGCUUGAACACCAUUAUGGAUCAAAUCUUCCAAUCCCUAUCAAUGAGUCAUGUAAUUCAAAGAGAGUGCGCUGGAUAGAACCAAUGGAACAUUCCUUGGAUAAUGGAGAUGGUCCCCCGAUUCCUCAGGUGAAGUACUGCACUCCCAAAUUUUAUCAUGAUCAUCAGCACUUGGCGUAUAAACUGAUAUCAGAGCCCCGAGGCUUAGCACUUAUUCUCAGCAAUGUCCAUUUCAGCAGUGAGAAGGACUUGGAGUAUCGUGCAGGGGGAGAUGUGGACUGUACUUCACUGGAGAUGCUUUUCAAGCAUCUUGGGUACCAAGUGACUGUCUUCCAUGAUCAGACUGCACAGGAGAUGCAGAAUGCAUUGGAGAGAUUCUCUAAGAUGCCAGAUCAUCGGGAUGUGGAUUCCUGCAUUGUAGCUUUGCUUUCCCACGGUGUGGAGGGUGGGGUUUAUGGCAGUGAUGGCAAACUACUGCAGUUGCAGGAGGCCUUCCGGCUUUUUGAUAAUGCAAACUGUCCAAAUCUCCAGAAUAAGCCCAAAAUGUUCUUUAUUCAGGCGUGCCGGGGAGAUGAGACAGACCGGGGAGUGGAUCAGCAAGAUGGGAAAGAAUGGUCGGAUUCCCCAGGCUGUGAGGAGAGCGAUGCAAACAAGGAAGAAAAUCUCAAGCUGCGUCUGCCUACAUGCUCUGAUAUGAUCUGUGGAUAUGCUUGUCUGAAAGGCACUGCAGCCAUGCGAAACACCAAGCGCGGAUCCUGGUAUGUUGAGGCUCUCACCUCUGUGUUUGCAGAGGACUCUCGAGACACUCACGUGGCUGACAUGUUGGUGAAGGUGAACAGGCACAUCAAGCAACGAGAAGGUUAUGCCCCAGGCACAGAAUUCCACCGCUGCAAAGAAAUGUCAGAAUACUGCAGCACGCUCUGCCAGGACCUUUACCUGUUCCCUGGUUAUCUGCCAGGAAAAUAACCCUGCCAGCUCUGUGCAAGGGAGGUACUGCCAAAGCUGGACUUGGAGCAUGGAUGUCUACGCUUUCGUUCUUCAGGCUGUGGCAUGAGAUGCACAAGCAGGGAGUGAUGGUUUAUAUCUGGCCAGUCUGAUUCUUCAUGUCUUUAAAUAAUCUGGCAACUCACUAAUCUGAUUCAGUUCAGGGUUUAAAGUUCUUAUAUCCUGACUUAAUCCAUAAGUAUAGAAAUUGAUGGAAAGAGGAUCAGCACUGGAACUGGGAAGAAGUGGGAACAUCCUUUGGAAGGAGACAUUAAGGACGUUUCUAAGAAAAGUGAAUGUGAAAAGGGAAACAGACUAUUCAUACAGUUUUUUAAAAGUUAAGCCUUUCUGAAAGGAAAAUUAUUCAUAAAAUGUUACUUAUUUUAUGCUUGUAUUUUAAAAGUUUUAAGUACUUUCUGUCUGGUUCUUCAUGCAGGACAGUCAGCUCCUGUGGAUGUUAGAAGAGGGCUCCCUUGUGAAGGAGCCUUCUUCCCCUCUCUAAAAUAGAAGGUUAUUGUUUUCAGUACUUGACACUUUCCUAUCAUCUUGAUAACUUAAAAGCCUGGUUUUGCACAUUCCUUCUGUAGCCAAGUAAUCAGAAGAAAUGCAAGACAUCCCAAGUUAUCAACAAAACAGGUCGAGAUCUAGGGUUUCUCAUACAGACAAAUAAGCCUCCAUAAACUGCCCCAGAGAUAGUUCUGAAUCUAGGAAUUCUAGGUUAGCUCCCCUUAGUCCCAAAAGUGAGCAACUGCAUGGAAUAUUGCUUUUGAGGAAUUUGCUUACCGUUGUACCUGUGUGUCACAACAGGCAGAGCGUUCAAUCCGCCAGCUUCUCAGGAGACUAUGAAUUGCACUGUACAACUGGAUCCCUGAAACCUGACAGCUUUGUACAAAAGGAUCUUUCGUCUUUUGUUUAAUUAACAAAAGUAUUCAAGGCAGCUCUUUACAGUCUAAGCGUGUUACUUGGACUAUUUAUCACUGCAGUUUGUUUCCCUUUGAAAUGAAAGGGAACAGUUUCAUGUUA